AACCAGUGGCUGACGGUGUUCAUCGAAGAGUUUCGUUCGGAUUUCUUCACGGAUUCGUAUGAACCGUCUAGAGAGUUGGAAAGUGAACGUUACAUCAAUUCUGACACAAAUCUAUGGUUGAAGUGUGCGGCCGGUCAAAAUCUAGGCGAGGCCGUGCCGCUAUUAGAGGCUGUCAUGGAGGCGAUCCGUCUGCAGGAGACUUGGCCACAUGCUGACACACAGGAGGCAACUCAGCGAGAUCGAUGGACGCGUAUCUUUUAUGCACUGAAUGCCAACAUAAGUAUGGAAGGAGUCGAAGGGGAAUCGAAGGAGUCAUGCGAUGCUCUGUACCGGACUAUUCAAUGGAUACGAACAUUGUUCAAUGUUUUCGCAGACGAAGAGGCUUGCGCAAAUGCAAGCAGCAACACUAUAGAUGAGUUGUGGACGAAGAAGUUCCUACUGUUGUUCGAAUGCCAAAAACAGCUCAUCAGCAAAGUGAAGGCGCUUGGCGAGUGGUCAUUUCCUGAUCGGACUCCAUUGUCGCGGAUCACAGUUGUGGCAACGGAGGUAAAAAAGAAGCCACCGAAGAAAGCCCCGAAAAGGAAACGUCCCGCGCCAGCUGAAGAAACGGAAGCCACUGAGGGUGUUCCGCUUCCAACACAGGUGGCACCAUCAAAGGAGUGUGAUUCGAAGAGCAGUUCUGGAAAGAAUGUCACUUUAGCUAAAAUGGUGACAUGUAUGAAAACAAUGAAGCUGUCUGCAGUGGUGAAAUCAUUGAAGUUGAUGCAAGGAAAGCGACGCGCAACAAUUUUUCUGAUCGAACAUCUCCUGGAAAUUCUCGCGCAAGCUUGCCCGAGAGUAGGAAAGAAAUCGUUACCAUGGGCAAAGGUGAGGAAUCACGUCACCUCAUUACCGAGCGAUUCCGACGCGGUGACAGCAAGGAAGAAGAGUCGUCGUGAUAAAUUCAUGGAAACUAUUGAACACUGCAUGAUGCAGGAGGAUGGCGAGAGAAACGCGGGAAGUGAAGCGGAGUCUAGCUUGUAUGGAUAUUUGGUCGAAAUAUGUGAUCAUGUGCCAAAUGUCAAUGUGGCCAUAGCGGUACUUGACUGCAUAUCAGUGAUUCGCUCGCCGUCCGAAGAGCUAAGCAAUGGAAUGGCUCGACAUGCGCUGGGUUUCUUGAAAAAGGAGUGGCUGGAUAAGGAGGGGAAACCUUUAAAAGGAGCAACUUUGACAUCGGCUGUCAGGAAGAUGCUGAGUCACUAUCUUCGUCUUCGGCCAGUCCCUCAUGAGGAGAGGCGCAAAAGUAAGCAUUAUGAGCAAGAUUCUGAGGAUCAAGAUCUCAAUGAACGAUAUACAAACCAAGCCUUCGCAUGUUUCACUCGGGCCACUUUCGGUACUAUUUAUAAAGUACUAUUUAUCGCAAUGAAUGACGCCUUGACAACAACUGAAAUCAUACCCUCGAAUGGUUGUAUAAUUCGGCGAGCGGUUGUGCAAGAGUAUUUACGCACGUGGUCCAUUGCGGCUGGAUGUGUAGCGCUGUUCGGUUUGAUGCUUCGUGUGCGAGAGCUGAGGAGUACGUCGCUUUUGGUCACGGCAAUCAAGGAAGGACGACGCUUCCUGGCGUUAAUGUGCAAUAAGAACAGCUCGUUCAUGUAUCUGCUCGAAGACAAAAGUCGACUGGCUAGUGUCGCUGAUAAUGUUGUCGAAAUCAUCAAGUCAAUACAGAUCGGAAAUCGAAAUUUCCAGAAUAUCUGUGUUCAUGCUAAGGCUAAUCGAUCGAAUAUUCUUCUGAAACUCGUGCCAGAUUUUCGUGUUACGACUGAGCAAUGGAUGAGAGCGAUUCAGUCAAAACUUGUUGGUAUUAACUGUCAAGACGCCUUCGAAAUCGGCCUUCUCAAGCCACGAAAUAUAAAUGGAGAAGAAAUCGUGUACUCUGAAGAUGAACGCAGUUGCUCCAGCUCAUGUUCAAGUUCGGAAGCGGAACAGGGCGCUGAAGAGCUGACUGUGAUUUUCGGUUAUGGGUUGACCAUGGGUUUCAAAGAAAAAGACGAAGAAGAGGAGCUGUGA